GGUUCUUACUGGCUGCAGUCUUAGACACCUACACGUAUCCAGCAAUGAGCAGUGAUAUGCUGUCUUGGGACAAGAUCAGAUCACCUCGACAAAGCCUGACUGAUACCUGUUUUAGGAAUCUUGCGAGACUGGACCCACAUAUCCACAGUCGCAACAAUGCUCAAGAACCUCUUUCUGAUUUCGAUGCUUCUCUGCACUGUGGAGAGUAAUUGGGACGGUGAUAACAGUGACCCAUCAGCGACAUAUUUGGGAUUUUACGCCAUCAACAUGACGUGCAACGACGAUGCAACUAUUUGCCAGCACUGUGUGCAUGUCCACCUGGAUGGGAGACUGUUUACAUUUACGACCAUAUAUACGGCAGAUCCUUACAUGUUUCAAUAUUACUUCGAGAACGGAAUAAAGGACUGGAACUUCUCUCUCGCUCAAGAGGACCCAGAUCAAAUGUACCGAUGGUGCGAGUGUGCAGACGGCAUGCACGGCUUCGAUGUAGCUAGGAGAGUGGCGGUAUGUGUCGAGAACACCUUCAGCGACAUCUCCGUGCCCGACAAUUGCCCCAAACCUGUGGCUUUGGUCACCUGUGACUAUCAUCCAUCAGACGGACAAGUGAGAGGUCAGCAAAUGUUGUUUUGCCAGUCCUAGUUUGGUCGAGCAAAGCAUCACCGUGGUGUGGAUUCAUGAGGAUUCUGUGAUGGCCACAUAUGGAACGCAUACAAACUGAUCGAAAAGGGAAAAUAGGUUCAAAUUGUUGACUGAAACAAGUUGAGUCUUCUUUACUCCAAUUUCUGUUUUCCAACAAACAUUUGUCAUGUCAAGUUUACCCUUUCCCCUUUAUCAACAUUAAAGAGUUGUAGUCUGCUGUGGGACACUUAUCUGACACAGGAAAAGUGUCUCGCUCGUAAAAAAAAAAGGUGCAAAUAGCCCAAGCACCAUCAUGGGAUCCAAUUAUAAAAAUGCAGGCAAAUAAAAAACAAAGUACCAAAUUUCAAUCGAUGUAUCAGGUAUUGUACAUUAUUAAAGCAAAAUAUUAUUUGCACACCGAAUUUGAGGACCGGUAUGUUUUAAGGACUAAAUCUUGUCCUUUCCUUUGUCAGUGUACAAGAAUGGAGCAACGCCCAAGCUCACAUAAAUCAUCCAUGUCCAGAUUGUAUUGCACAAACAAAUUGCUGUAUAUUUACAAAUGAAAUAACUGCUACUUUCCUUAAUCCACAAAUCUGUAACGUGUACUGAGCAUUGCUUAAACAAUAUUUAGUGAUACUUUCUACCUAGGUGACAUUUGUUAGUCUCAUUAACGCACCAUUAUACAAUGUCUAAGCAGGCCAAUGAGGUUGGUGGUGAUGGUUGUGGUGUAAGAGUUGGUAAUGUCGGUGUUGGUGGCUCAUUACUAUAGUAAACAUUAUGAUAUUGCUUUAAACAAAAACCUGCCUAAUUCUCCACACAAAUCCAUCAAAUUUAUCACAAGUUUCCACAAUGAAUAAAUCUGUAAACUUACCUUUUGCGUUUGCAUCCAAUUCUACGGUAAAUGGGACCUGGGGACAUUUUUUUCAGUUUGCAUUCAUUUGGGAAACAAUUUGCUACUUGGGAAUUAUUUACCGAUCACUGGAAUCAUAAAAACUCUUUAUCUUUGACCAACAACAGUUUACCUGUCAACAGAGGGCACCCUAACGAAUGACCGGCCGGAACUUCCCUGUAUCUGAAAUAACUCUCUAUCAUAAAGUACUAACAGCACAAAAAAUGUGGAAGACAUUAGAGCAUUAAGCAAAGAUUACAAAACAACAAAUUAACAUUUUGCCGCUAAAUAUAGAAUGCACUCACAUAAAUCAAUUCGCUUCAGAAUCUGACUCAAACAAUGAAUAAUCUGCAAUUAUUUCACCCAUUCGACUCGAAGAAAGGAGCUGUUGGAUGGAUGAGGGCGCUGCAUGACAACUCACAUCAGAGCUACAAGUAAAGGAAGUAGUGCCAAUUCCAGACUUUGGAAACAAAAUGGCUGAUGAAACAAUAAUACAAUAAUAACAGGCCAGCAAAAAUGAGAGACAAAAUGCACAACAGGCCUAAGCGUACUCUGUACAUGUAUUUAUGUACAGCUUGGUCGGCGUGCAGCUGGGUUGUUUUUAUGUGACUCCAUGAUUAUCUGUCGCUUUUUUGGCAGGUGAAAAUAGCCUCAUCAGGAGACCAACAAAUGGAUGAUGUAGACAUAUAUGAUGUGUGCAAACUAUUUAGGACCGUAAAAGGAAGGCACUCAAAACAAAGUCUGGGUUUUAUGAAACUUUAUGAAAAUCUUUCUAGUUUUUCGCCGAGGAAACCUUAAUGUUUGGGGGAUACGCGCUUUAACUUAUUAUGUCUUCAAUGCAAUUUCUUGUGCAUAUGAACGUAGCCUUCAUUAAUUUAUCAGUCGGAAUUUAUUCAAAGAUUUGGUACCACAAUUUUCAGAACCCCAAGAAAACAAUUUCGUUGUGGAUUUAAUAGAAUAGUAGACGAUCAAUACUAACAAAGUAGAAUAAAACCGACAAAUAAAUACCACCAACAAAAUCUGAAAUGUAUCGCCAUGUGGUUUUGCUACCACGUUGAGAGUGUUCGCAAUACAUGCUAUUCACCCUUC